AUGUCGUCGCCAUACAGCGGGAGAGACUCCAAGGCGGCGGUGAAGCCCCUGCUGGUGACGAUCAAGGUGGUGAGCCAGGAGAAGGUGCUCCGCCACACCAUGAGCAGGACGGACAAGCUCCAGGUCCUCUUGGACGCGUGGUACCACAAGGUGCCUGACGUGACGUAUGGCACCGGCGUAUUCCUCUUCGAGGGCGUACGGCUGCGCGGCGACAAGACCCCGGCGGACCUCGAGAUGGAGGACGGCGACAUGAUCGAUUUCUUCGAGCACAUGAAUGGCGGCGGGCGGUUCGUUGCUAGAUCGAUGUCCGCGCACUAG